AAAAAAUUUAACGAAAAUGUCAAAAAAUAAAUAACAUGAAGUUGGCAGCAAAACCACCUUCUUUCUUUCCGGUUGUCAAAAAGUGCAAGGACGACAAAUACAUAUAACAAUGGCUGACGUUGAUGUAGAUGUACCCUCCGCUGCUCCCGCUGUUGGUGGCGCCAUGGACAUUAAUCAAGCUUUGCAAGAAGUCUUGAAGAAGUCCCUCAUUGCUGAUGGUCUUGUUCAUGGUAUUCACCAAGCCUGCAAAGCUUUGGACAAGCGUCAAGCCGUUUUGUGUAUCUUGGCUGAGUCUUUUGACGAACCCAACUACAAGAAGCUCGUUACUGCCCUCUGUCACGAACAUCAAAUCCCUCUGAUCCGUGUCGAUUCACACAAGAAAUUGGGUGAAUGGUCCGGUUUGUGCAAAAUCGACAAAGAGGGCAAGCCCCGUAAGGUUUGCGGCUGUUCCGUUGUUGUCAUCAAGGACUUCGGUGAGGAAACCCAAGCUUUGGAUGUCGUCAGGGAGCACCUCAGACAAAACAGUUAAACUGACCAAAUCAGUUUACACUGUGAUGGGGUUCAGUUGAUGAUAACGAUUGCUGCUUGUUUUUGUUUUUAUCAAAAACACAUCAACCAACCAAACCACAAACAACAACAAAGUGACUAAAUCCAAAAUAGAUUUAAAAAAAGUGAACAACAUUUUUUAUGUGUUGAGACGUUUUUAUUAAUAAAAAAGCAACAAAAAAACUGAAAAAA